UAAAGUUUUAUAUUGAAAUAUCAUUAAGAGAUUAAAUGUGAAUGUGUAUUUUAAAUUUAUUAUAUUAAUUCGUAUCACGAUGAUAGUUCAGUUUAUAUAAAUACAUCAGUUGUCCAAUCAAUGUACUCAUAUGUAAUGGUUGUUCUAUAGUUUACUACCAUUUGUUAUCAAUUGAACUUUACGUUCUAUCAUUCUAUAGGUUAUUUAAUUAUAAAUUAAUUAUAUUCUAUUUUACUAAGGAUAUUUUAACAUUUGAUAAAGAUAAUAAGAAAUAAUGGCAACUACCAAACAGAAUUUUAAAAAGUCUAAAUGGGCAUUAGACUUUUCUCACAAGAAUAAACAGGAGAAAAAUACGGAUAUACCAUCACCUCCAGGUUAUACUCCUUCAGUAGCAUUAUUUCAAAGCGUAGAAUAUCUCAGAGAAACAGAUUCAAAUCAUUUAAUAAUUAAAAAAUCAUGGGAUUUAGCUUUGGGACCUCUCAAGCAAGUUCCAAUGAAUUUAUUUAUAAUGUAUAUGGCUGGUAAUUCUAUUUCCAUAUUUCCUAUUAUGAUGGUUGGUAUGUUAAUUAUUAGGCCAGUCAAAGCGCUCUUCACAUUACAACAAACAUUUAAGGUAAUAGAAGGAACACACGCAUUUGGUCAAAAAUUUGUUUACUUUUUUGGACAAUUAGUAAACAUCGCUUUAGCAUUAUAUAAAUGUCAAUCUAUGGGUUUAUUACCAACACACGCGUCGGAUUGGCUGGCAUUUGUAGAACCACAAGCAAGAGUAGAAUAUUCCGGUGGAGGAUUUAUAUAUAUCUAAUAUUACAUACAUAUGCAAAAUAAUAUUGUAAUUUUAAAAUGUUUAUUUAAAUA